AUGGGUUGCUGCAUUAGCAAAUGCAGGCCCAACAAACACACGGUAGAAGAAAACCACUUCAACCAUGUUCAAGACAAGCUUGUCAUCUCGCAAGCUCCACCAACACCAACCCUCUAUUCUUCAACAAAAAUCUCACCUUCCCCUCCAUCACCAACCUCUUCCACUUCCUCCAUUUCAUCCUUCACCUGCACCACUUCCAACACCAUCUCCUCAGGUUCUUCCUUAUCAACAGCAUCCUCAACUUUGAGCUCCAAGGACAGAUCCUUCUCCAACGAGUUCCUAUGGUCGUGUUACAAGGACAACCCUCACAUCACUCGUAUCAACUCACUCAGGGAAGCCACUCUUUCCUUGAUGCCACCAACAAAACCUAAAGCUCAAUAUAGGAAGAUAAACCUAAACCUGAACCCAUCAUCACCGAAACCCAACUUCGCAACAGUAAAGCAGUCUCCACCACAAAACUUUGUUGGGUCAUUUUCAAUGCCACGAAAGAGGGUGCGAUCAAACUCACCAAUGAAUCUAACUAGGCAGAAGAGUUUCCGAAAGGAACCGGAGAGGUCUAUUGCUAUUAAUUCUGCGUCCAACAUGCAUAGUAGAACACUAGAGUCACCUUCUCCAAGCAGAAGAUUCAAUGGGGACAAAUGUGGAAGUGCUAAUUUGGCUACUACGAUCGCGGAUAAUAGUGUUCCGAAGCGUGUGAUGAAUAGUCCCAAGGUUAGUGUUAGUUCGGUUUAUUCUCAUUCUGCUUUGUCAUCGUUGAGGAAAGAGAGUGUUAAACCAGCAAGUCCGAAUAAUAGUUUGCCGCGGGUUCAGUGUGGUUUGAGGCAUAGAGAGACUUGCGCUUUCAGAGUUGGUUCUAAAAUUGAUGAAACCGUGGCUAAGGAUGUUCUCUCUGAUCAUGACAUGGACGUGAUUCCUAUGGAGGAUAUUGACAACCCUCUUAUCUCCUUGGACUGUUUCAUCUUUUUGUAA